AUUGUUCCUUUGUCUCAGCAUCAUGAAGUACAUUGAUGUUUGCAAGGCUUUAUAUGACUAUGAAGCAGGCUCGGAAGACGAGCUUUCAUUCAAGGAGGAUGACAUCUUGUAUAUCCUCGAGCGAGACGAUGAUGACUGGUGGAAAGCACAGCUCAAACCUCAACAACCCGAUGAAGUCGGCCCCAUUGGCUUGAUACCGGCUAACUAUGCCAGUGAGACCGAAGCUAUAGGAGCCGUCUCUGCGCAAUAUGACUACGAUGCUCAACAAGAGGAGGAAGUCAGUUUCAAAGAAAACGAUACCAUGAUUUUGUACGAUAAGGAUGAUCCAGAUUGGUACCUUGUAAAGCUGGAGAAUGGUGAUAUUGGUCUUGCACCUAGCAACUAUGUCGAGGAGACAUCAAGCGAUCAAGUGACAGAGGCUCAUCCCCAAACUGCAUCAGACGAAACUGAAGCGCAGCCUACCGUUUCUGUCUUUUCAGCUUUGUCGAAUGCUACCGACAAACCCAAGCCUAAAAAGGUCAACGAUGAGGCUAAAUCAUGGCCUGUUCAUGAAUACGAUGUAGACAAGAAAAAGAAGAAGAAGAGCAAAGGAAACCUUUUGGUCGGCAACGGCAUGCUAUGCUAUGGCAGCGAAACCGACAAGGCAUCCCCUGUACGACAGUUUCCAGUGUUGGAUAUUGUAAACUUCACUCAAGAUAGCAAAACGGUUCAUAUUGAAAUUGGUGGAUCCAAGCCAGCAACAUUGGAUUUUCAGGCCUCGUCAAAAUCUGAAGCAAAAGCUAUUAUCACCAAGAUUCAGAGUUCGAGACAGGCAUCAACCGCCUUUGAGUCAGCUGCUUCAGCUACCACUCCACCUGCCAUCGUCAAGGCCCAGCCUGUGCUCCCUCCCGUGCAACCUACUCAUGAAGAAUCUUAUCAAGAUGAAUAUGAACCUGAAGUAGAGGAACCACAGGAAGAAGCUGUUGAUGAACCUCCAUGUGAGCCGAGAUGGGCUAUUGUACUUUACUCUUUUGAUGCCCAAGGAGAAGAUGAGAUUUCUGUGAACGAAGAGGAUCAAGUUUUGAUCACUGACUAUGUCACCAGUGAUGAAUGGUGGAAAAUAGAAUAUGAAGAUGGGCGGUCAGGUGUAAUUCCAGCCUCCUACGUUCAAUUCCAAGAAGACUAUGAAGCGGCUCUACAGGCGGAGGAAGACCAAAGACAAAGAGAAGAAGAAGAAUGGGCAAGACAGCAAGCGGAAGAAGAAGCCGCUCGUGCAGCAGAGGAAGACAGACGCAGACGAGAAGAAGAGGAAGCAUGGCAACGACAACAAAUGGAGGAAGAGGAGAAAGAAAGAAGACGACAAGAGCAAGAAGAAUCGCGAAGGAGGGAAGCCGAACGCAGAAAGAAGGUACAAGAAGAUGCACGUCAACGAGAGCUUGACGAGAAGAAGAGAGCAGCUCGUGCUGCCGUUCCUCCCCCACCACCCCUUCCAGCUUCUGCUCCAUCGUCGCAGCCGCCAAGACGUAAUCAAAUUCCUGCUCCACCUCCGCCACCCGAACGACCAGCAGCGCAUCGAUCAUUGCCAUCAGAUCAAGCUGUCAACUCCAUAUCCGUUCCAAGUAAUCGAUCUUUGCCAGACCGUCCCAAGCAAGCUCAAAAUCCAGGAAAACCCGAUCCCGCCAAAACUAGGACUUGGACAGAUAGAACUGGUGGUUUCAAGGUGGAGGCACAAUUUCUUGCGGUGCACGACGGAAAGAUCCGGCUUCACAAGAUUAACGGUGUCAAGAUAGACGUGCCUAUAGAGAAGAUGUGUGUUGAAGAUGUUCGCUAUAUUGAGCAGGAGAUUGGCGCUGACGCUCAGGACGACAAGAGCGAUAAUAUGCCAUUGGCUCACUUAGCCAAGGAAGCGUCUAGUUCACAACGUCCGAAAUCACAAGCGGGCUCAUCAAAGCAAGGCUGGGAUUGGUUUGACUACUUCAUGAGGGCCAACAUUCCUAUGCAAGAGUCACUGCGAUAUUCGUCCUCUUUCCAGGCCGAUAACCUUGGUGAAGCUGACCUUCAUAACCUGACUCACAGACGUAUGAAAGCUCUUGGUCUUUCCGAAAGACAUGUUCAACGACUCCAGCGAUUUAUUGAAUCAGAAACACCUGAACCUGCAUCUGACGACGAAGCUAACCAGGUCAAGAGGUCCAAAGGAAAGCGCAAUGUUAGUUUUGGCGCCACCAGUGUCAUCGGAGAGGAAUCAGAUGGUCAAGAUGCCAGACUAUCUCAGAUAGAAGAAGAUGAGCGACUUGCUCGAGAACUUCAGGAACAAGAAGACAAUGACCGCUCUUCUCCUAGCAUCUUCAAGAAAGAUACAUCAGCCGGUUUACAACGAAGAGGCACAAGUCGUCCAACACCCUCCAAUUCUGCACCUAAAGGCAUAAAUGCUGAUGUAUUUGAGCUUAUGAAGGGCCAAUUGUCUUCUGAACCCCUUAAGCCAACGCCAGCAGCAUCUUCACCAAAGCCAACCGUUGCGAAGUCAACGCCUGUUGCGGAAGUUAGUAAAACUCCAACCAAACCAUCUGGCGGCUUUGAGGACGAUGCAUGGGCUCCCCGACAAGCAUCACCCGUGGUUGCUAAGAAGCCUGAAGUUGCAUCCUCUCCAGCUCAACCAAACUGGACGAAUACCUGGACACCAAACCAACAACCUCAGCAACAGCAACAACAGCAGCAGCCUCAACCUGCACCGGCUGCAGCGCCCGCUUUUAACACUGUGACCCAUAUUCAACCCAAUGUUCAAGCACCUCCAGCUCCACCGCCGCCCCCACCGGUGCUACCCUCCGUACAACAACAAUCCAUGAUGGCAUCGCCUGCUCGUCAACGUCCUAUACCCAAGCAAUCUCAGGAUAGUAAGGUGAAUUCCCAAGUUUUCAACCAAUGGUCGUCACCAUCAAAGAACACUGUUAGCCAGCAACCAACCGGUAUGAGUAAUCAGGCCAGCACUCCAGCCAACUUCCAAGGCACUCCAGUUAAUAUGCAAAUGAACAACUCUGCUAUUCCCAAUCAAGCGAUGAUGAACAAUAUGCAACCAGCGAUGAACAAUAUGCAGCAAAGACCAUUCUUGACUCCACAAGCUACAGGAUUUGUUCAACAGCAGCCUACUCAACAGUUCACACCUACGCAGCCGCAGAUGACAGGAAUGCAAAGGCCUCAACAGCCUAUGAUGGUCAACAAUAUGAUGACUGGCCAAAGCCUUCAACCACCGUUGAUGAACAACAACACUGGUAUGAAUAACAUGAUGCAGCAACAACAACCAAACAUGCAACAAUUUCAACCUCUGCAGCCUCAAGCAACAGGUUUCAAUACCUUCAACAAUAACAUCGGAAGAUCCAGUUCAGCUGGAAACCUUCCUAGUAUGGGUGUCAGUGCUCAGCCUACUGGUCAACGUAACUGGGCCAAUGCCACUCCAGACAAUCCUUUCGGAGCCAGCCCUCAAGUACCACAAAUGACCGGCCAGCCCUUCAAUCAGACCUCUCCUAUACAGCAACAACAGCAAAACAUGUACACACCUCUUGCUCCACAACAACAACCACAACCAACUGGUUUCAUGCAACCACAGCCAACUGGAUUCAAUAACGGAAUGUUAGGUGCUAACGGACAAGCGAUGGACCGCUCAUUCUCCGGUCCCAGCUUUGGUAGCAGUAUGUGUAUAUGAUCAUUGAUGGUUGUUUUGAAAUUUUGUCAGUUAACGACUAUCAUUGCAGAUUCAGACAAAUACUCAAUCUUUAAAGCCGUUGAUCCAAACAGCCCAAGCGUAUUCACUCCUGGUCAACCCCAACAGCAA